GGAUUUACUCUUCACACUUUCUUGAGCUUUUCCACUGCGGAAUAUCCUCACAACCUUCAUCAUGACUUUUGAGGAGGUCCUGAUCCAGAAACCCGCCGAGCGUGCUCAGUGCGCCGGCACUGCCCUCGAGGAGGUCCUGGUGACCGCCAAAGACAAUGACUCCCUCACCGUUGGUGUCUAUGAGUGCGCAAAAGUUAUGAACCUAGACCCGGACAGUGUGUCUUUCUGCGUCCUGGCCAUGGAUGAGGAGUUUGAGUGUGACAUCGCCCUCCAGAUUCACUUCACCCUCAUCCAGUCCUUCUGCUUCGACAACGACAUCAGCAUCGUCAGAGUGAGCGACAUGCAGCGUCUGGUGGAGAUUGUUGGGGACAAGGCGGAGCAGUUUGAAGAUGCGCACUGCGUCCUCAUCACGAACCCGGCUGACGGGUCUUGGGAGGACCCUGCUCUGGAGAAGCUGCACCUGUUCUGUGAGGAGAGCCGGCGUCUGAACGACUGGGUUCCUGAGAUCAGCCUCCCCGAGCGCUGAUCUGGGACCUGCUCCUCACUUGCUCAGAUGCUGCAAAGCUUCUUAUCUGGAAAUACUCAUCCUGAUGGACAGGAUGACCCUGUUUCUGCUCAUCCCUGGAUACUCCUGAGGAGGAUUCCCGUCCAGGCAGCACGGUGCCGGCCCGAGGGGCCCCCGUGAACCGUCGCCUCUUGUCCCGUCCAUGCCAAGAUGACUCUCAUUCUUUAUGUGAAUGAGGUCGGGCAUGCCACAAGAGCGACGCAUCGACCCUCAUUCUUUGUGCGGAUGAGGUUUGGAGAGGAAGGAGAAGCGAGUUCUGCGUCCUGUGGUUCCACAGAGCAAAUGUCGCACGUUGAAGCACGCGCAGCAGGAGAAGAAGCGGUGCUGAGAGAGAGGCCUUCUUAGAAAGGGACUUUUUAAGGAUGUCCUCUUUGCUGAGCAACAUGACAUCAGUUGCAGUCAGCGGAAAUGUUUCCCACUUUCCAGAAUUGUCUUAAUUCUCUAAAGGUUUCACUUUAGAAAUGUAAUAAUGACAAAAUAUUCUAAAACAUAUAUGGAAAACAACAACAUGUCUAUAUUCUAAAGGUUUCACUUUAGAAAAUGGCUCAAUUAAGUUAACGUCAUGAGAGUUUGUUAGAUUAUCCUAUAAAUAUUUUACUAUGUAGCCUGUAAAACAAAUGUUUAAAAAAAAAUAAAAUUUGACUUAAUGUGUUUGAUCUUUUUGAAGCAAUGCUGGAAACUAACUUGGUGUUAACUUAUCAGCUGUUUCAAACAUUAUUGAAAGCUGUAAGUGGAAAAUACUCAAUAAAACUUGAAAGAUGAA